AUGUUCACUGUUCAGAGUUCGCACAAAUCGCUUCAAAGGGUUUCAAUGAGAAAUGGAUUGCUGGAUAUUGGUUUGGGGGCCCUAGGCGUUUGCCUAGGUGGCUUGGCCUCAGGGCCAGCUCUGAAAACCAGUAGCAAAUACAAUUCUAGCAGCAGAUUGAUCGAGCUAGAUAUUGAUGGAGAUGAAUACGAUAGAUGGACUUGCUAUAGUUUUGCUCAUUUAAUAUGGCUUGAUGAGAAGCAAGCACCACGUAGCGUUCGAGCAGCCAAGCGAGCGGGUAGCUCACAACGAGGUCAAUGCUUGAGAGCUACAAAGUUAAUGAAGAACGGCAAAUCCGAACCGGAGACUGGAAAAAUGACGGCGGUGAAAGUCGAAGUGGAUGAUUCCUUGGAAGAAGAGCACGGUCCAUUCCACAAGCGCCCAAAGCCUUAUUUUUGGCAGUAUAAAUCAAGAUAUGAAGGUGAUUUGGUGGCAAAAUGUUAUUUUGCUAAGCAUAAGCUGGUGUGGGAAGUUCUUGAUGGUGGUCUCAAGAAUAAAAUAGAAAUUCAAUGGUCUGAUAUUAUGGCUCUCAAGGCUAAUUGCCCAGAUGAUGGCCCCGGAACUUUAGAUGUUGUGUUGGCAAGACAACCUCUUUUCUUCAGGGAAACUAAUCCACAACCUAGGAAGCACACCCUUUGGCAGGCAACAUCAGACUUUACUGGUGGACAGGCUAGCCUACAAAGGCGACAUUAUCUGGAGUGCCCUCAAGGCUUGUUAGGGAAGCAUUUUGAAAAACUUACUCAAUGUGACCCUCGUUUGAACUUUCUCAGUCAGAAAGGAGAGAUAAUGCUGGAUUCUCCUCAUUUUGAACCUAGAAUCUCCCUAUUUGAUGAUCCAAGUGAAAACAACGCAUUUGAUUUGUCUCGGGAGGAUAGUCCUUCCUUCUUUACCUCACAGGAUGCUGCUUCUCCAUCCGUAGUUCAAUCUUCCUCCUCAAACUUUGAACAAGAUGCUCCUGGCAGACAUCCAGAAUCUUACCGUCUUGAAACACCAUCGCCAAGCUCAGGCAACAUAAUUAUGUUUGGAUUUGCUUUUUCUAAUGGUCACCAUUCUUCUUCUCCCUUUGUAUGCACUAACAAUACCGUCCUGUGAAGCACGGAUACUCCUAGUAAGGAGAGUCAGUGGUCAACCCGCCUCGGACAUGCCCAACAUGCCAUGCAGCUUGUCUUGCUUUUAAUUUGUCACAUGAACCCGUAACAUGAGUGUAAAGAAGUCAAAAUAAUAUUUUGAAAGAUUUUAUGCAUUUGUUUUUAUGUCUACUACACUUUUUGGUUCAUGGAUAUUUCUUUCGUGUUGGUGGUGGUAAUACAAACUCAAUUUGAAG